GCCGUGUUUUUCUUCAAUUAUCGAGUUCCUCUUCACAUUCGUAACAUUGAGAUCAAAUAGUUUUUUAUAAGGAAAUAAGUAAAAGGAAAAAAAAAACAAUUAAUUAAGUGAUUGAUUGAAGAGCCGCUUAUCCGGGUACCGUCGGCCCCGGAGAGGCCUGGCCUACCCUUCGUUGUGGCCAUGUUCCACCCCUGAUAUUUGGGAUUAUUCAGUGCCAUUUUGUACUCCAUGAUUUUAUCCUUCAACAUUGUGUAAUAAUUUUGAUACUGAGUGAUAUAUUCAUAAUUUUCAAACUGAAAUAGAGUAACGAAUAACUGUUAAAAAUUCAUUAUCAAGUUUGAGUGAUUAAUUUUUGAGGAUAUUGAGUAUAUGGUUAAGAGAAUUGAAUAUGAGUAGAGAAGGGUCAUUACAGUUUGUGUUGGAGAGGUCGGAAGGCGUGCGUGCGUGAAUGCGCGCGCGCCGUCGUACCGACCAUCAUAUACAGGGUGUCGAAGGCCUAGGGAAUUUUUUGUGGGCAGUGAACGUUCCAGGAAAUUUCAAGACUUACUAUUGUAUAUUUACGUACUAAUAAAUAUACAUGUAUGGGGUCUUAAGCACCAAAAUUACCUCAGCAGGACAAGCGGAUUCAAUGAAAUCAUCAGUUAUCGUAUUUUCGUGUACAAUUUAGUGAAACGUAAAUAAUCCUUGAGCACACGGCGAGACCCCGGCGGGGCGGACAGGAAAGGGUGUGAGAGAGGGAGAGAGAGGGUAAGAAAGAGAGCUUCUUGUUAUCGAUCGCUGGAGUUUACUGAGAAGGGCCUCGAAGAACCUCGUGGCUUCAAAGACGUCGAUAGUACGUUCAAAGAAAAUGAACGAAAGAAGGAAAUUAUUCAAUCCAUUCGCGGAUAAUAUAAAUAAUCAUCGGAGUUACUACAAUUUCUCUAAUGAUGUUCAGAGGCAACAUUCAAUUAUUGGUGAUAUGCAGUAGAACUACCUGUGUACAGCAGUGCCUCCUUCGCGACUAAGAAACAAGAAAAAACCUUAUUCCCUUGGGUUUAGAAAAAAACAACUUCUGGAACGAGAAAUCCAACUCAUGGGAAAAUAAAAAAAAUUAUUGUUUGUCUUAUAAGAACACCAACAGAGAGGAGAAUUGAAAAAUCCACAAUGAAAAAUAAGUCUUCCAUAUACUGAUUCAAGCAGUACGAUUAUUUUAAUUAAACAAUUGGAUCCAGUGAGUCACGACGGAAAAAUAGCUUUAGCAUUUUUGGAAACGAGAAGCAUGGUCUCGAGGUACGGUGUCGCGAAGGAAGGUGCCGUGGGUGUAGCAGUUGGGGUUGGACCCAUGCACUGCCUACUACCUCACUGUGGUGGACCACAUCAUCAUCUGUCUCCACAUCAUCCACAGAAUCCAAAUCACAAUCACGUACACACGCAUAGCCAUCAACCACCAUCAUCGCAGCAACCCUUAAGUCCUCAUGCUCCACACAUUGGACAGAUGAAUCAUGGCCAACAUCAGCUAACUAUUAAUAUUGGACAUCAUCAUUCUCAGCAGCAACAGGGACAGCAUCAACAGCCACCACCGCAGUACCGUAUCGUCACGACUAAUGCACGGUCAGAGUUUCAUGUACCUGGACAGAAUUACGGUGCCCAACCAGGGGCCCAAGUGGGUGGUGGAGGGGGUAGUAUAGGUGUACCUGGUGGUAGAGGACCUUCACUAGGUGGAAUUCCUCAAAUUGGUCAAAGUACACCUGGUAUACAGUCGAGUGGACAGCAACAGCCUCCACAACCACCAACGCCUGGUGUACAGCAACAGCAGCCGCAAGGACCUGCACAAACUACGACACCUCCAGUUCAUACACCAUCUCCACAAGACAUGAGUAAACAAGGCCAUUUGCAGGCGCAGCCACCGCUGCAACAACAGUUUGUGCCCAAUCAGACAAGGCCUGUGACACAGCCUUUCUACCCAGUGGGAUCGAGACAACCACAAACGAGAAACAUUCAUCGUGGAAAUCAGGGUGGUACUCCCCAUGUCGUUGCUCUGGGCAAUGUUGCCACAAAUGCUGGACAACCUCCAACCCUAUAUCAACAAAAUAUUCCCGUACCUGGUACACCUUCGAUGUUCGUCUCUGGACAGGUUUCUAACCUUCCACAAGGGCCUAUGUAUUCAGUAAACAAUCAUCUACAGUCGCUGAUUGCUUAUCCAGCACAGCAGAGGCAUCCAUCACACCAAUCUCCACAAUUCUUCCCGGGAUAUCCACCUCAUGCGAUUUUACCUCAAAAUGUUUAUGGUGGAUAUGCUACCGGACAUCAGCAGUGGAAUUUUUAUCCUCAAACUCAUACGCCACCAAACUCGUCGAUGAAUUUGAAUCGAGCGAGUACUAAUCCUGUGAGCGGAGCUGGUCAAAAUGUAGGAGGCCCGCUGGUCGGUGCCCAAGGAACGACUGGUGUACCACAAGGUACAUUACAACAACAGCAGGCACCACCACAACCGAUACCUCCAAUGGCGAUGACACUACAGCCAUCACCUUAUCCUGGACACAAUCGCAGUGCACAGAACCCUGUGAGUACGUAUCAAAAAAUGACGACGCGGGCAUUUGCCAUAAUGGAUAUAGUGAAUCCAAAUACAGGUGAAAAUGUGGCUGGUGAAAUAUACAGAAACGCUGCAGCGCCGGAAGAAUUGAAAUCCCGUGAGACUCCUCAACCGCAGAAUUCGGCAAUAGCCGCUGAGUUUGCAUCACGCGUAGCAAAAGCAGCUAGCGAAACAGAAACUAAUUCAUCAACGAUUAAUGCUCAAGAGCAUAAUCAUACACCGUCAUCGUCGUCAACAACAACAACAACACCGAAUACGCCAAGCAUCAAACCCGAAAUAAAUUCUAACAAAGAACCUAUCAAUACCCAGUGCAAUAAUGUUCCCAUUACGCCUACACAAUCAAAUAUUCCUAGAUCCCCAAAUCCUGAUAGUCAAUUAGCUCCUCAAGAAACGUGUCAAGUUAAAGUUGAACCCAAAUCAGUGGUAUCGGUAGCCAAAGAAUGGCCACGUAAUGAUACUAAACAACAAAUAGUUUAUCAAGAUGACCUCCGAAUACCACCACCUGUUACUAACAAAGACAAUAUUCCUCCCAAACAGUCCUCUCCCAUUCCCCCGGCAACUGAUUCUGAAGCAAAAAGCCCGAUUCCCAAUGUAUCAACGAGCUUAGCUUCAUCUCAAUCUGCAAACACUGCCCCACAAGCAACCAGAGAAUCAUUUUCAUCGGCCAAGACGACAUCAAGUUCACCACCAAGACGGAAACCCCAUCAGCUACAACAGAGUGCAGCUCAGGUUGUGUUGACUCCGACACCAACUGCCACUGAUUCACCAGCUGUUAUUAAUCCUGCACUGAGUAUUCCAACUUCGGAACCUGUUAAGGAACAGGAGAGAGAAGUCAGCGAGAAGAGUCUCGGCCAGAAGGAUGUUACACCAACGGCAGCUACUAAUCAUACUGAGGAACAGCAGCAUUUCCAGAAAAAUGGAGAGCCCGUUGAUAAGGCCGAGGAAACAAAGGCUGAACAAAACUCCCCAGAUGGUAAAGGUACCCAAAAACAAAAAACCAAGAAACCCAAAAGUCGUGAUCUCAAUCGCAAGGGUGCGGAGAAAGAGGGUACAGACAUGGAUGCCUUCUCAGUACCCCAACCAGUGAAACCUAAUACUAAAAUCGAACAGGAUAAUAUUCAUGAAAAUUUGCCAAUGAAGGCUGUUGGUAGUACUGAAACAAGAAAUGAGAAUUCAGUUAAAGGCAAUGAUAUAUCUGAGGGAAAACCAGACGUUCAACCAGAAUCAAUGAUUCAAGCGGAUCAGGAGGUAAUAAAGUCUGAGAAAAUUGAAGAAACUUCCCAAAUUCAGCAGCAACAGCUAGAGAAAAAUAUUCAAAAUCACAAAGAUGUUAGCAAAGAAGCAACUCCUACCAUCGAAGACAGCAACAAGUCCUCGAUUGUUCCAGAGAAAUGUACUAAUGACGUAGUUGAUCAUGCUAACAUGACAGAUGUGAGUGAAGUUGAGGCCAUUGUUGCCCAAAAGAAUGAGGAAAAUGCCAAAGUAUCUGGCUUACCUCGCAUCCCCAGUGAACCGAAAACUACAUCUGUGAUUGAUAAACAGAAUGAAAAUGAACCACCUAAUCAAUCAGAUGUUAAAGCGUCAGUUCAAUUGAAAUACCAAUAUGAGGAUGAUCAGUGGAGUCCAAAAAAUAUUACUGGAAAAAAACGAUAUGGAAGAGAUCUCCUGAUGAAACUACAAGAAGAUCCAAAAAGUCGAAUCAGACCCACCAAUUUACACGACUUGGACGUUGUCCUCAAGGAUAGCACGAGACAAUCUACCAGAAAUAUUGUUGAUCUUAGUGUUUAUAAAGGCAACAGGACGCACGAAACUCUGUUCCCUGGAUUUGCUAAAUCUUCGUUCAAUGCUAAACUGCCACCUCCUCCGAAUAAAAAGAGUUACCAAGGCAGCAAAAAACCGUCUAAACCCAAUGUGAUUCAUGUGUCGCUUUCGUUAAGCGAGGAUGUCAAACUUCGAGAAACUGAGAAUGCAUGGAAACCAGGAAGAUUAAAGAGUGAAAUGUUGCCUGGUGAAGAGGCUAAAUCCCAAUCCCUUUACAAAAAAGUGAGAAGUGUAUUAAAUAAACUGACACCACAGAAAUUUAAUACAUUAGUGAAUCAAGUUAGAGCACUGGAGAUUGAUACACAAGAGAGAUUACAGGGGGUUAUUGAUCUAGUGUUUGAGAAAGCUGUUGAUGAACCAAGUUUUUCAGUUGCUUAUGCCUUGAUGUGUAAAGAAUUGAGUGGUAUGAAAGUAUCUACCGGGGAACAAAAAGUUGAUGACAAUGGAAAAGCUUCUGAAAUGUACGUAGACUUCCGUAAAUUACUGGUUACGCGUUGUCAAAUGGAGUUUGAAAAAAAUGCGGUUGAUGAAUCAGCGAGAGAGGCAAAACUACAGGAAAUUCAAAAUACAACUGAUCCAGAUAAAAAGAAAGAACUCCAGUUUAAUUUAUCGCAAGAAGACAGAAGGAUACGAAUGAAAUCUGUUGGCAAUAUUCGUUUUAUUGGUGAACUCUUUAAACAAGACAUGCUUAUUGCAAAAAUUAUGCACACAUGUGUUAAACAUCUCCUUGCAACACCUGAUGAGGAAAAUCUUGAGUGUCUUUGCAAACUAUUAACUACAGUUGGUAAAACUUUGGAGCCUAAAAGUGAAGCCGAAGCUUUCCCGGGAUAUUUUAACCAAUUAGCCGAAAUGUCUAGCAAAAAAUCGAGUAAAAAAAUCAGCUCGAGAGUUAGAUUUAUGAUUCAAGAUGUUAUAGACUUGAGGGCUAGACAGUGGGUACCUAGGAGGGAUGACAGUAAUCCCAAGACUAUGGAUCAAAUUCAGAAGGAGGCUGAGUCAGAAGAAUUAGAAAUACUACUGAAUAACAGUGCACCUAUGAAUACACCAAGAAAGGAUGAUCGAAAUAAUGACAGAAGACGAAAUCGUGGAGGUGGUGGCAGUGGCCCUGGCUCAGAGGAGGGAUGGUCCACCGUUACUGCGGUUGGAAAAACAAGUAGGCAGCCAUAUUCUGUUGAAGCUUCAAAAUUGAAUGCGAAAUCACUUCCACUGGAUGAAAUUAAAUUGGGUAGUAGAAAUGCAUAUUUGUUUGGUGGAUCUGCUGCAGCUGCUAAACCAAAUACACUUGGUACUCCCAAUAAGUACGCUCCCCUGGAGAACCUGGAACAGGAUAAGCCACGAGUUACGCUUCAGUUGUCAGGAUCAAGGUCAACCGGCGCGAGAGACUAUGGCCGAUCCGAACAAUACAAGGGAUGGGAAGGUCGAGGCUCAAGAAAUGGUGGUCAUAUGAAUAGCAGUAGCAUGUCAUCGAGUCGUGAAGGCUCACUUCUGGAGGCAUCUCGUAGCCAGAGCGUCUCCAUGCCCUCACAAUCGGCGAAAUACAAACCACCUUCAAUGACAAUGCCAAGUAAUCCGGUGAACAGUAAACCACCCAAAACAGAGGAACAAUUGAAGAAAACUAUCAGAACGGUUCUGGAUAUGUGCAAUGGUCCACAGACCGAGGCAUUCAUUACGGAUGCUGUCGACACGGUGAAAGACCAGUUCGACAAUUCCACGUAUCCCAUGUUUGUAUCGGACACGUUGAACGCAUUACUGGAAAAACCUGCUCUAUUUAGGCAACGAUUUGCAGCUCUUUAUGCUCACAUGAUAAACAAUAAUAUGAUUCCCCUGUCGCUAUUCCAAUCUGCUUAUGAAAAAAUUUUGGAAGAAGCCGACGAUUUAGCCAUUGAUGUUCCCAAAUGUUGGACAUAUUUUGCGGAAAUUCUGGCGGAACUCAUUAAACCCGGUGCUCAUCCGCUAUCAGAGUUGAAAAAAACUACGACGGUGCUCAAAUCUAUGGGUAGCUGUGGUAAGUUAUUGGGCGAGUUAUUAAGCAAUCUUGCGAAAGAUCUAGGACCUAAAGUGGUAGCCGAAAAAUGGGAUCGCAGUGAACUGCGAUGGCCUGAUCUCGUUGAUACGUCGAAAGAAAAUGUAGACGAUAUUAUUCAAAGAUAUAAACUUGAAUUCCUGACAUCUGAUUGCAUUGGUACUGAGAAAUGUUCGGGUGCUGAAUUAACAUUGGAUCAAAUACGUAACCAAUUGGUUAACUUAAUGCGUGGCAGCGGUUUUGAUAACAUCACCGGUUGGAUUUCCGCUAAUGUCGGCAGCAGGUCUAAGCAGCCACAAUUUAUUAGGACCCUCGUCACUGCUAUCUUAGAAGUAUCUAUGGAGCCCAUACCUGCUUCAGGAACAAAUCCUUCAUCCUGGAAGUUGAAUAGUGAGGUCUUCAAGAGUUUGUUACCCUUAAUAACGCGCUACGUAGACACAGAACCCCAACUGGAGCUCCAGUGUUUGUUUGCAAUUCAAGUUUAUGUUCACAAAUUGGAGCAUCCUCAAGGAGUCCUUGGUAAUGUAAUUGAUGCCUUAUGUGAGGGUAGCAUAAUCUCAGAUGAUGCUUUCCUCUCGUGGCAAAACUGCACAGACCCAGCGGAAAUGAUGGGCCAUGCUGUAGCGGUGGUAACACUCACAUCAUUCUUCGUUAGCCUUGGAGAAACUCUUGAUGAGUCCAGCGAAGAAGCAUGAGAGGGCCUUAGCACAUUUGGUGGCUCCAAUGGAUUAUAAUAAAAUUUAAAAAAAUACAAAGGGACGAGUCAAGAAAAAUCGAUCCACGUAUUUUUUUUUUCUCCUCAACAUAUGAUUUCCUUACAAAUCUACAAGUUAUACAAGCCGUCGAUUUUUCUUUUGUUGUUGCACUCAAUGUGACAUUUCAUGAAAAUGCUCAACUCGUCUCCUUGACUCGUGUCUUCAAGAGAACUCGUGCUAAACAAACAAAAAGACUUUAUAUUUUUUAGAAAGAAAUUUCAUGAACAUUAAACUGAGAAAAAAAAAACAUAACGAAAACCUUUUUCUUCAUUAACAAACAAAUUUGAGGCCAAAUUGCUGAGAUAGUUUUCGAAGGAAAACUUUUCAACAUUAAAACAUUAAGUGAAACCAUUGAAAUAUGAAUAAUAUUGUAACAAGUGGGGAUUUAUGCGAAGUUGUGUGUAUUAUAGUCUAGGACGAGGCAAAAGUGAAGAUUUAGACAGGUUAGAAUGAACGAAAUAGAGUUAUUAUAAUAAAACAUAAAAAAAAUACGAGAGAAAGCGUGAGAGAGAGAGAGAUCGAGCGAAAAGUGGUCGUAUUUGAAAUACGCUAUACAUAAUGAAUAUAAAUAUUUAAAUUAAUGAAUUAUGAUACAAAAUAUGCAAGAUUAUUAUUAUUAUUACUAUAAUUAUUAUUAUUACUACUAUUAUUAUCAUUAUCUAUUGAUUACGGAGUAUAAUUUAAAGCUGAGAGAACAAGGACGAUAAGACACGUGAAUGAAACUGAUCCAUAAUCCGGGGGGGAUUACAUACAUGAUUUAUUUUAAAUUUAUUAUUUUGUAUGUGCGCUCAUGUGGUAUAAAAAACUUAACGACGCAUUGACAUAAGCUCUACGCUUUUUUGCACGGUCAAUCAUUGAUAACAAUCGCAAAUAUGACGACAAACAAUUUAUAAAAAAAAAUAAAUACAAUACAUUGAUAUAAAAAAAAAAACGAUAUUGUGACGGUUCUUCCUCAACAACUGAAACCAAUAUGUCCAUCAGACUUUCUUGAGUCAACUCAACGACUGAGCCCAAAAAAUGAAUGAAGAAUGAAGGAAAUAAUAUUCUCAUUACAAAUGACAUUCAAAAUUAUGUUGAAUAAUGCGUUGCAUUGAGAACUGAUAGAACAUUCAUCACAAAACAUUAAAAUAAUGUGCUUUAUCGAGGCGUUACUAUUUUUCAAAACAGCCCUAAUUAUUUAUAGAGAAAAAGAAACUAUAGGAUUAAUUAGAAAUGGUGAAAUGUGUGAAUACGGAGAAGACGCAUGUGUGAAUGUUUAUUCAUGUGAAUUUUUUUAAUGAACGAGAAAUUGUCACUAUCCCGUUUGAGCGCGGUAGUAUAUAUACAUAUAUGCAUAUAGUAGCCUAUAAUAUAUGCAUAUAGGUAUUGUGUAUGUCGAGAGUCCGAGGACUAUCACACUGCAUAAAGCUCGCUAAAAUCACAUCGUCAUUCUGCCAAUGCAAAUGAAAAAUAAUUAAGAUGAAUACUCCAAGGAUACGACGAGUACUCAUCUACACAUAUAACUGGUGUAGAUAGAAUAUUAUUAAUGAAAAAUGAAAAUACAAUUAAUUAUGAUUUUUCAAUGGAAUUGCUUUGUCCAAUAAAUUGAAGGAGUUAGAAAGGACGAUCAUGGGUGGAUAUACGAUCAGGGCUUAUCGCCACAUUGAUCGACGCCCGGCUGGUCGGGGCGAUGACAUGAAGCUUCUCAAAUCUAAUGAAGUGAUUAUUGAUGAGAACAUUUGAAGAAAUCGGCUGCGUUAUGGUAAAAUUCACUUGCAUGGAAAUACUGUAAUUAGUGAAAAUUAUUAGAUUCUUUUCGUUCAAUUUGCCCUGUAGCUUUCAAAUCAGCGUACAGGUGGAAAGAUUUCAAUUGAAAUUGAAAUAUCGUGGGAAAUCGAUGAAACAUCCCCAGGUAUAUGAAUAAUCAUCCUUUAUUUUGCAUGUAAAUAAACGGAGUCGCGCCCCCACGUUUUGCAAGUCUAUGGAUUCACUGGAUGGAAUCGCGAUACUGUAAUUAUUACUAACUAAAUGGAUGAAAAAAAAAAAUGUAUGAAAAUCCAAAUAAGCGAUACACAAUUUUGAAGAAUUAAAUGAAUAAAACAUCGCUGCAAGGGUUCGCAAAGUUCGUGUCUCGGGUCAUUUUUACCUCUGUAAUUUUUCAUUGGAGUGUAAAACUAUAUAAAUCCAAAAAAAAAAACGAAAAAUGACCCUGGAGAGAUGCGAGCGGCUGAACAUUGUAUGUUCAUUUUUUACACUCCACUAAUCUACGAACAUAAAAAAAAAUUAUUAAAGAAUAAUUGAGCGAA